CAAGCGAGGAGCAGCCGUGGGAUCCCGUUAACUUUCCCGGCGCUAAAAGUUUCUCUCGUCCAUGUGAAAGUUUUCGGAGUGAAUCGUGGUCCGUGUUUGGUGUAUUAUGUGCGCAUUGAUGUAGGACCGUGGCGCACGAAACCACAGGGCGCAGGUGGGUGAGCUGUCAGUCAGGAGAGAUAACUGGAUUCCCUGUCCAAACCUAUCUGAAGCAGUGGAGGAAGAACAUCAGCUAGCACACGCCAUAAGUGGCGGCUGAAAUGACAGGCCCCUGCCAGAUCGCCAAACUCAGGUUCACCUUCUGGUGGCUUUUGUUGGCACAUAUGACGAUACAAACAGCUUUGGGGGGGGACAAGAACGAAUUGUGCGGAGGUCGAGACUGCAGCGUGUGUCAGUGUUUUCCCGCCAAAGGACAAAGGGGGCCUACUGGUACAUUAGGUCUGCAGGGUCCCCAGGGUCCAUUGGGUUUGCCGGGCAUUAAAGGACUGCCGGGCGAGAAGGGUCAGCGAGGAACGAUUGGAUUUCCUGGGGUGGUUGGCCCACGUGGAGACAGAGGCAGCCAAGGAGUUGUAGGCCAUACUGGUUUAGAUGGUGUCCCAGGUCAUCCUGGUCCUGGUGGUCUUCCUGGACUUCCAGGGAAGGAUGGUUGUAAGGGAUCCAUAGGAGAUCCUGGGCUGGUCGGUGAAAACGGGCAACCCGGACCCCCAGGACUGAUGGGUGCACCUGGAUGUAAAGGUGUCAAUGGAAACGCCACUUGUAGAACAAUAUACAUGCCUGGAAAACCCGGUCCUGAUGGAGGACCAGGGCUCCCUGGACCACAAGGUUUUGAUGGAAUUGUCGGUCCACAAGGUUUUCCAGGACCAGUGGGACCUAAAGGCCUCAGGGGUCCACAGGGUCUACCUGGUCCAAGAGGUCCACCGGGAGAGCGAGGUAGAUCACUGGCGGGACCUAGAGGAGAUGAGGGGUACGAGGGUCCAAAGGGUGAUCCUGGUCCCUUUGAGUUUGUGGAGCCAAACCUAGAAGACUGCAUUAAAGGAGAUAAGGGUGGUAAAGGGGAGAAAGGACUUUGUGGAAACCCUGGGAUAGAAGGUCCUGUUGGGCCUUCGGCAGAGAAAGGAGAGAAAGGCGGGAUUGGUGUCUCUGGACCCCCAGGUCCUUCUGGUUAUUCUGGUGGACCAGGCGUUCCAGGACCUAAGGGGCAGCGGGGAGAAAACGGUCUUCCUGGUCUUUAUGGCAACAAAGGAGAGAAGGGAGACCCAGGUGAUCCUGGACGUAAAGGAAGUCAGACUUACGUAAACAAUGAUAAAGCAGGACUGUUUGGAGAUCAAGGCCCUCCUGGUGCACCCGGGCCGCCUGGUGACAGGGGACUGAUGGGUAUACCCGGCCUCCCUGGUGAAUACGGAGCAGCUGAUAGAGGUGCAAUGGGUGAGUUUGGUCUUCAGGGUAUCGCCGGGCAUAAAGGAGAAAAAGGAGAAAAAGGAAGAUUACUUGACACUCCAGGCGAAACUUUGGGGGAACCUGGGAAACGGGGCCUUCCAGGGACUAAAGGAGUUCAAGGAAAUCCUGGCCCUCCUGGAUACUACUGCAUUCCUGGUAAAGGAGGAAAACCUGGAGAGCCUGGAGAGAGAGGGCCAUGUGGAUUACCAGGUGUCAGUGGGAGGAAAGGUCCUGAUGGGGAUUGUGCUUGUAAACCCCUUGGUGACAUGCCUGGUACGCUCGGCCCUCCAGGAGUUCCUGGUGACCCUGGUGAUCCUGGGAGGACGGGGCCCCGAGGACCUAUCGGUGAUGCUGGGCCUAUUGGGGUGAAGGGUGAAGAUGGUAUAAUAGGUCCCAGGGGCAUCAGAGGUGUCAGAGGAUUAAAAGGAAAGAAAGGCGAUGUUAUGGUGUCAAGUAUAAAAGGAUAUAAAGGUGAAACAGGAUUCUCUGGACCAUUUGGAGGCCCGGGAUAUCAUGGGAGGAAGGGGGAUGAUGGGAAAAUGGGUUCUCUUGGAGAUCCUGGACCUCCGGGAGAUAAUGUUCUUGGUUUGCCAGGUGAUAGAGGAUGUCCAGGUUUGACUGGUGCUAAAGGCUGCAGAGGUCCAACUGGUCCUGCUGGUAUAUGUAUGAUGGGGUUGCUCGGGCAACGUGGCCAACAAGGGGACACAGGACCGCGAGGCCAAACAGGACACCCUGGGCUUAAAGGAACCCGAGGCGAUGCACCAGCUCAUUUUCCUGGCAUACCUGGAGCUCCUGGUUCCAAAGGGGUACCUGGUUUCCAAGGUGAUAGAGGAAGGCCUGGAGAUCCAGGAUGUAGGGGAAAAAUUGGACCUAUUGGUCCGAGGGGUGAAAGAGGUGACUCAGGAGAUUGUGGACCAAUCGGUAACAAAGGUUCUGAAGGACUUUGUGGAGAUCCAGGUGACACCGGCUCUGACGGUAACAGUAUUCACGGUUCACCUGGGACACCGGGUUUCCGGGGACCUGAGGGUCUGAAAGGGUGUUGUGGAGACUCGAUCGCUGGGGGUUUUGGACCAACGGGGCCCUGUGGGCUUCAGGGAAGACAGGGUCCUAAAGGUGUUCCUGGACCUCCUGGACCAAUUGGAAUGCAGGGUUUAUCUGGUAUUCCUGGGCUUCCUGGUAAAAAAGGGACUAAGGGAGUAGCUGGUACAACAGGACCACCCGGUUGCCCUGGCAGCAGACCGGAUAGGUGUGAUGAAGGAGAACCUGGUCCACCUGGCCAGUCUGGACCACCUGGGUACCCUGGCAAGCAAGGUUCUCCUGGAGAGAAGGGGUCACCUGGGGAAUUAGGAUUUACAGAUUAUGGAGCCAAGGGCCGUGCUGGUAACCCCGGUAUCCAAGGCCAUCCUGGACUCCCUGGACUUCAGGGUCCUCCAGGACUCAGAGGAGACAAUGGAAUUUCUGGAAACGAUGGAAUAAAAGGUUUGCCUGGAUAUCCUGGACAAAAUGGCUGUUAUGGCAAUCCAGGGCAGACUGGUCCUCCAGGGGCCCAUGGACCGAAAGGCAAAAUAGGGCUUGACGGACGUCCAGGUGUUCCAGGGGAUAAUGGAUCCAAGGGCCAGAAAGGAUGUGCAGGACCACCAGGACCUCUGGGAGAAAGCAUCUCGAUUCCAGAGAAAGGACAGGCCGGCCCGCCUGGACAACAUGGAUUGAUUGGUUUCCCUGGACCAAGAGGUGACAAGGGUGUACCAGGUUGUCCUGGACAACCAGGGCUUCCAGGAUUUAACGGACCACCUGGGUUUGAAAGUGUCAGUCGGGGACCACCUGGUGUCCCCGGACAGCCAGGUGAGCCCGGAAGACGCGGCCGGCCUGGGCCAGCAGGCAUUGUGGGAUAUCCUGGGCAGAAUGGUGAACUAGGUGACCCUGGAUUGACUGGUAUGGCUGGGACUCCUGGUUUUCCUGGAUAUGAUGGACCUAAAGGUGAUAGAGGAGAAUCAAUUGGUGAAUCAGGACGAACAGGUGCAAGAGGCCCAGCUGGGAAAAAUGGCUUACCAGCACCACCUGGUGAAAAGGGAGACCACGGUGACCCUGGGCCUCCGGGCCGUAUGGCCCCUUUGGUCAACGGACCACCUGGAAGUUUAGGCCGGUGCGGAUUCCAAGGUGUGGUGGGACCCCCAGGUCCAUGUGGAAGGCAUGGUUCGGAAGGCCCUCCAGGACCACCUGGUGCACAAGGACCUGAAGGAAAUAUAGGAAACUCAGGCACCAGAGGAUCUCCAGGGCCUCCGGGGCUCCAUGGGUUAGAUGGUCUUAAGGGGGUCAAAGGUGCAGUGGGGUCCCGAGGAAUGAGUUUGAAGGGCAAUGAAGGACCUCCAGGGCUCCCAGGAGAUAAGGGUAUUCAAGGAGAUCAAGGGUUGCAAGGAACGUCAAAAAUAGGUGUCUGUGGUCCUAGAGGACCACAUGGGGUUCAAGGAGAGACUGGUUUAAACGGCCCUGCCGGUCCUCCUGGUGAUAAUUGUACAAAUCCUUUACCUGGAGAAUGUGGAGAGCUGGGGUACAGUGGACCAGAUGGACCACCAGGGCCAAUGGGAGAGAUGGGAGAGCCAGGCAGUGUGUUCGCAGUUCGGGGAGAUUGCGGUGACCCAGGUACCCCUGGGUUAACUGGCAAUAAAGGUGAAAAAGGAUGCAAAGGACUCAAUGGUCCCCCAGGAUGUCCGGGCUCAGAAGGUCCAAAAGGUGAAAGAGGACAGUUUGGACUUAUGGGCCUUCCUGGACCCCCUGGGACAAAGGGUAAUUGUGGUCCGCCCGGAGUUUGUGGUGUGAAGGGAGACAGGGGACAUCCUGGUCAGAAAGGAGACCCUGGGACUGUCAAACCUCCUGAACAAUCCUGUGCUGCUCCACGGGGACCUCCAGGUCCUCGUGGACUUCGUGGCCUGGAUGGUAUUCAGGGUGUGCCCGGACCAAGUGGAACAGCGGGCCCGAAAGGUAAAAAGGGUGUCAUUGGGGCUAUUGGAGACCGUGGACCAAAGGGGUUGAUGGGAUUGGAUGGAGCACCUGGAUCCCCCGGAGAUCCUGGCCGAAGAGGACCACAAGGAUCUAAGGGUCCCCCGGGAACCCCUGGUGAGCAGGGUCCUCAUGGACAACAAAGGAAGAUAACCUCUGGGUUCCUUUUGGUGAUGCACAGCCAGUCUGAAAUCGUCCCUGUUUGUCAAUUUGGCCUGACUAAGUUGUGGGAGGGAUACAGCCUGCUAUAUCUGGAGGGUCAAGAGAGGGCGCACACACAAGACCUUGGCCAGGCGGGUUCCUGUGUGCGAAUUUUCAGCACAAUGCCGUUCUCCUGUUGUAAUAUGGAAACGUGCGGAUAUGCAAGUCGCAACGACAAAUCCUUCUGGCUGUCCACCACGGCCUCCAGUACCACGCAGCCUCUGGAGGGGCUGGAAAUACGACCGCAUAUUAGCAGAUGUGUGGUGUGUGAAGCUUCAUCACCAACUGUUGCAAUGCACAGUCAAGACCUGUCUGCACCACAAUGUCCACCCAAAUGGAGAAAUCUCUGGACGGGAUAUUCAUUCAUUAUGCAUACAGGAUCAGGGGACGAGGGUGGGGGACAGUCCCUGACAUCAACGGGAAGCUGUUUGAAGGACUUCCGCAGUCAGCCGUUCGUGGAGUGUCAAGGUGCACGCGGCACGUGCCAUUAUUUCACCUCAAGUUACAGUUUUUGGCUGACUAAAGUGGACACUGGGCGUUUCAACCCUCCCCAUCGCAGUGCUGUACUGCACAAUGAAGCGGAACAACGUAAUAGCGUCAGCCAAUGCAGCGUCUGCAUGAGGGACUGAUGCCCGCAAUAGAUUAAAAGUCAACGGCAAUGAGAAUGCACAUCAAGAUGUCAAUUGAUCGAAAUCCUUUCCACUUUUUUGGAGAGUAAAAAACUGACCCGAGUUUGUGACCGUUUUUGUUGAACUGCAGGCUGUGAACUUGAUAUCUUUUCUGAAUAUGUUCCUGCAUUGUCAAACAUGAAAUUUUUGCCUGGUACACCUUUGUUUCCAAUUUGGUGCUAGGAAACCAUUUGCACAGGUUGCUACACGUCAGUGUUCAUUUUCCUCCUUCUUUUUGCAUCAACUAAUAUGUCAUCUUCACGGUCUUGGUAUAAAAACAUAUGACUUUGUUUAGGCACGUUUAUAUGAAAAGAAAUAGGAGUUGCUUGAUACAUAUACAUUGUAUACAUAGAUGCCACAUUCAACCACCCUGGAUGCGUCCGCCAUGUUAAAAUGGUCAACAUUUCAUGUGCUGUUGUCACUAACUGUAAAAAAUGCCCAGAUUUAAAUUUGAGAAGAAAUGAGGUCAACUUUCACCGGUGAGAUAGUGUAGCUUUGUGUUUUUAAAUGUAUUCUUUAACGUAACAGGUUUUUCAAAUCUUUUAGUGUAGUGCUAACACCUUUGUAUUGUUUUAUUGUGUUAGUUUAACAAUUAUAAUGUUUGGGUCCUCACAACAGAACGUAGCAUUUGAUAUUCAUACAUGCUCACAUUUACGUUGGUGAACAUACAGUCAGUCUGUCCUACAUUGUUCUUGAACCCCUCCAAUAUGGCGGACGAUUUGCGUCUAGCGGCUCAAAACAGCUACUAAGGAGGCAUCUAUGUAUACUCGAGAUGCACCGAUAUAUCGGCUAAUAAUCGGUCUCAGUCGAUGAAAGCAAUAUUUCACACCAGUUUAAAAACAGCCAAUGAUCAAUUAAAAGCGGACAUGAAGAUGCAUUGAAUUUGUCCUCUGUAUGUUGAAAAUGUUUAAAAACAUCACCACUUUGAUGUUCAAUAAUAGUAGAUUAAUAAAAAAAGUUAAGAAAUAUUAAUUCUAUCGGCAUCGGCAGAUAUCACUCCGAAUAAUCGGUAUCGGUGAAGAAAUUUAGUAUCGGUGCAUCUCUAUAUGCUGAAUAUCUAUGCAAUUUAUAUAUCAGUCCAUAUAAAUGCACCUUUGCAAGUUCUAGUUGGUUUUCAUUGGAUGGAAAUCAAGCAAUGAAUGCGAAAUUAUGCUUCUUUUUCUGUUUCAAUUUGUGUCUGAAAAUCACUCUAAAAUAUUAAACUUAUUUUUAUUCACUACCAUUUAUUUUUUAAAUGUUGUAGUAGUCCCUCACAACUUCACGACUAAGUGAGCUCAGUGUAUACCAGUGCCUGCAGUUGCCAGCUUCAUGUUAUAUCGGUUGAGAGAGAGAUCUUCAGCUACAGUUUGCUAUAUCACUAGCCUGCCGUUUUACCAAACAGGCCAGAUAGGCUACAACCAAUAAAUGUUCUUAACCCUCAUCUCAGGUAUUUAAUUCCAAAGGAACUGAAUCUUCUUACUCACGUAGCAAAGAUAUUUUUAGUGGAGGAAUAAGAUAUCGAAUGGGAUUGGUUGAUUGGUUUUCGCAUUAUAUUUCAUAGAACUUUCUGGAAGUUUUGUUUGAUCUAUGUAAGUCAUUACAUGUUAUUCAUGAAUUAUCAUUACUAUUGGUACUAUCUACAUUGGUAUUCAACACUGGAUAUUCUUCCCUACUUUGUUUUACUUUUUGUUUGUUGGUUAAAAAAUAAUGGCUCUCGCUGUCUAAACUAACUCAAGCCAUUAAAACUAAACUAACACCCUCAGUAUUCCACUAUCCAUGCCCAUGUACAUGGAGACUUUAAGCAUGGCAUAUUUUUGUAUGUUAAUAUGAUUGCACUGUUAAAAACGGCUUUGCUUUAUAUUUUUACUAAAUGUCAAGAGUAUUUAUUUAGCUAGAGAUUAUUUUGGUGCUAUUUUUGGCUCUGAUUUUAAUAAUGGCACCCAUAUGUGAAGUACUGCACUGUUACAUCUAGGGAUUGAAGACAAAUUUUGACUUUUCAAAAAUAUAGGGGAAAAUUAUAUUUUGUAAUCCACAAAAGUCAAAUAAUCUAUAACGUUAUACGUAUAAUAACGUUCACGUAUAUUUUAUAUAAUACAUUAUUAUAUUGUAACAGCAAUAAAGCAACUUCCAAUAUAUAGACUAUAGGGGCAGCUGUUCAGGGGCACAGAUGAUGCUGUAGAUCAACUAUUAGGCCUGAAUGUGUUGGUAUUUACAGUAAAUACUCUCCAAGUAAUUGUAGCCAGUUAAAUUGUAUAGACCUAUUCAUUCUACUCAAUGUCACACUAACACACUGUUAAAGUGGAUACCGGCAUUUCUAUUGAAAGACUUUUGUACUGUUUAAAAAUAUAAUUAAUAGAUUUAUAAUAAAGAUUGAGUGUUCCACAUCCAUUUGAGCCUUUCCAACCAUAUCAAUCAGUUUAAAAAUAAUUCAAAUGUAUUUAUCUUAUUUUUCACUUGUGUGUAUACAUUUUAUAUGCUUACAUUUGUAUAUUUUGUCUCUAAAGCACUGUGUUAACAUGGUAAAAAUGAAUAUUGUAUUAUUUGUUAUGAGACAUACAAAUCAGAUCAAUGCAGUUUAACACAAUAAAGCUAUGAUGUGAACAGCUUUGCUGUAAAACACAGUAACACUUUACAGAAUAAAGUUGUAUUUGUCAACAUAAGUUAAUGCAUUAUCUAACACCUACUAACAUGUACUAACAUUUAUUCAUCAAACAUCAUUUUAGCAUUUACUACAUUUUAAAAAAUAUAUCUUGUGAAAAUGUAUUUUUGUAACUGUUAACAUAAGUAAUUGCACCAAGCACUAACAUGAACACUUGUAUUAUUGGCAUUAACUAAUAUAAACAAAUAAUAAUUAACACAGCUAACA